UGUGGUCCCGCGCGUGCCGCCGCCCCCCGCCCCGGGGCCGCGCCGCUCGGGGGCGGGCGGAGGCGGCGGCAGCGCCCGAACCGGGAGGGGGGGGGGGGGGCCGAACCUUUCCGAACCUCGCCGAACCCUUCCGAACCUUUCCGAACCCUUCCGAACCCCUCCGAACCUUUCCGAACCUCUCCGAGCCGGGCCGUACUGGGCCAUACUGGGCCGUACCGGGCCGUACCGAGCCCAGCGCCCGCCCCGCCGCCGCCUCUCCUCCCUCCACCAUCCAGCCAGUAAUUUUCCAAGCCCGGUCGGCGCUUCCCGGUUGAGCUGCCCGGAGGAUCGGUGGGGCCAUGGGAGACAAAGGCACCCGGGUGUUUAAGAAGGCCAGUCCCAACGGGAAGCUCACCGUCUACCUGGGGAAGCGGGAUUUCGUGGAUCACAUCGACGUGGUGGAUCCCGUGGACGGAGUCGUGCUGGUGGACCCCGAGUACCUGAAGGAGAGGAAAGUCUUCGUGACCUUGACCUGUGCCUUCCGCUACGGCCGCGAGGACCUGGAUGUCCUGGGCCUGACCUUCCGCAAGGACCUCUUCGUGGCCAACGCCCAGGCCUUUCCCCCGGUCCCCGAGGAGAAGAAGCCCCUGACGCGGCUGCAGGAGCGGCUGAUCAAGAAGUUGGGCGAGCAUGCCUACCCCUUCACCUUCGAGAUCCCCCCCAACCUGCCUUGCUCUGUCACGCUGCAGCCGGGCCCAGAGGACACGGGGAAGGCCUGCGGUGUGGACUAUGAGGUCAAAGCUUUCUGCGCGGAGAACCUGGAGGAGAAAAUCCACAAGAGGAACUCGGUGCGCUUGGUGAUCCGUAAGGUCCAGUACGCGCCGGAGCGACCCGGCCCCCAGCCCAUGGCCGAGACCACCCGGCAGUUCCUCAUGUCGGACAAACCGCUGCACCUCGAGGCGUCCCUGGACAAGGAGAUCUACUACCACGGAGAGCCCAUCAGCGUCAACGUCCACGUCACCAACAACACCAACAAGACGGUGAAGAAGAUCAAAAUCUCAGUGCGCCAGUACGCCGACAUCUGCCUCUUCAACACCGCCCAGUACAAGUGCCCGGUGGCCGUGGAGGACGCCGACGACAUGGUGGCCCCGAGCUCGACGUUCUGCAAGGUCUACACCCUGACCCCCUUCCUCGCCAACAACCGGGAGAAGCGGGGGCUGGCGCUGGACGGCAAGCUCAAGCACGAGGACACCAACCUGGCCUCCAGCACGCUGUUAAGAGACGGAGCCAACAAGGAGAUCCUGGGCAUUAUUGUCUCCUACAAGGUCAAGGUGAAGCUGGUGGUGUCACGAGGAGGCCUUCUGGGAGACCUUGCCUCCAGCGACGUCGCGGUGGAGCUGCCCUUCACGCUGAUGCACCCCAAACCCAAAGAGGAACCAGCACACCGGGACGUUCCAGAGAACGAAGCGCCCAUCGAUACCAACCUGAUAGAGCUUGACACAAACGACGACGACAUCGUGUUCGAAGACUUCGCCCGCCAGCGACUCAAAGGGAUGAAGGACGACAAGGAGGAUGAGGAGGAGCGGACAAACUCCCCGCAGCUCAACGACAGCUGGGAGCCUCGGGAAUGGCCAACAGCCGUUAGAACCCGCGCCGCAUCGUCGCUCUUCAUCCAGCUGCCAGAGCUGCUGUUUCCCGGAUGGGGGGGUGUGUGGGGGGGGUGCUGGAGGUGUUUUGGGGGGGGGGGCCACAGCAUCGCAGCAUCCCCCCAUCCCCAUCCAGCCCCCCUGCAUUCCCCCCUCCCCAAGCCCUUUCCUAUGAGCUGCCUCUUUUAUGCGUUUUAUAUAAGUCUGGUCUCAACACCAGUUUGCUACAGGGAGAGGGGGGGUAGGGGGGGGUGCAGCAGAAUUUUUGGAGGUGGGGGGGGACGGACGAAUAUUUUCUAGGCAGCCUGCUCAUGGGAAAGGGCACCUGUGCGCCUCGGUUGUCCCCUCCUUUCCCCCACGGCUGGCCCCGCUGUGUGCUGGUGGGGGGGUCCAUAUGUGUGUGUCCCCCUCCCCGGGAUGCACCAGCCUGGCUUUGCCCCUCACACCCUGCCCAAGACUUGACCCAGCGCUGGGGUUUCGAGCUGGUAAGACUGGGAGGGGGGGCAUCCUCCCCCCCCCCCCCCCCCCCCCCCCAUUCUUACCCCCAAAUCCUCCUAAAGCGGCCAACCCCGGGGUGGGUUUUUUUUUUUUUUUCUUUUUAAAUUUUUUUGCUUCAGCUGCGGUGGUUUUCCACCAGCGUGGCCUCCCCGGAGGAGCCGAGCUCAGGGCUGGGUUCAUGGUCUUGGAGCUGGCAGCUGAGGGGGACACACACACCCCCCCCCCCCCACCCCGGGGCCACGCCAUCAGCCACACACUUGGGUUGGGGGGGGGGGGCAGGGGGCUCCAAAUGCCCCUUCCCAGCCCCAGCAGGGCUGUGGCAUAACAGCUUUGUUCCCCGUGGGGUUACACCAGGGAUGCUUUGGCCCCCCCACGCCCCGAGCUGCAGAGCUUCCCCUGGUUGAUGUUCCCCCCCCCCCCCCGCCCCGCCAUCGGUGCCUGUGUGAGUUGGGGGGGUCAAGCACCUAUCUGGGGGGGGCGGGGUGGGAAGGGGAACACAGCCUUGGCCACCCGUGUUUCGCUGGGUGCUUGUGCCUCUCGGCUCAGUGCUGCCCGGCCUGGGGCCCAUCACCCCCCCCCCGCCUCCCCAAAACCCCCCACCCCACCUCUGGGGGGGGGUCGGGGGGGGUCUUGGGUCUCCCACCACCAACCGAGAGGCUUCUGCCCACUAUUUAUUGUGCCGUUGCGGUCAGCGUUGUCAUCCGAGAGCAACCCGUGGGGAGAUAGCUCCAUUGCCCCCCCCUCCCAAUCUGGGGGGGGUGUGCAGGGAUCAGCACCUCCCGUUAUUUUGGGGUAAAGCUGAUGGGCAGCGUGGUACUUCUUUUUUGUAAAGUGGUUACUUUGUACUGUUCACUGAUAACCCGCUUCUUUGGUUUCUUCCACCAUAUCUGUGACGUUUCUGUGUUCUGUCAAAUAAAUUAUUCUAGUUUAUUAAA